AUGCAUCUAUGGCUCGCGAAAUUCCAGGAUUCUAUUAUGGUAAGUCAUGUUGUGAUAAGUUUCGUGCCUUCUGCCAAAGUACGCGAGGGCAAUGAGGAGAAGAAGAAGUACUUCAAGAUUCAAGCCAACCAUGUCGCACCUCCAAGUGCACAAUAUACACAGCAAUCCGUGAAGCGAAAGCGGUCGGAGCUGAAGACACGUGAAAACAAGACACGAUUAAGACAACGUGAGAAUAAUGAGAAGAUCAGAAAAGCCGCGUCGUUGAGGCACCCUUUGGUCAAUGUUCAAAGAGAGAUUGGAGUUCUUGUAUCCUCCUCCAAUGCCAGGCAAGAGCAGCAGACUCGCAUUCAGGCCAGCCAAAUGCGUCGUGGGGAACUUCAUCGUUUUGAGCCAUGGCCCAACUCGUACAGCAUCCGACAUGUCUUGCGUAACCCACGUUCUGGGACAUUGAUUGCCGGCUCGGCUCGUGGAUAUGAAUCGUCUGUAUCGGUCUGUUUCCCUGACAUUGACGAGUCACAGUGGAGCUAUGAUCACACCAUGGAACGGGUUCUAUUCAGAGAGCCGUACUGGCUAGGAUCGAUGUCUCUAAGCCCAUCAGGAUAUCUACUUGCAACAAUGAACGAAGGGCCGCAAGGCGACUGCUUCCUUUCGGCGCAUCUCCUCCCAGAGCCCGAUGAGGGCGGCAACUAUGUCUGGCCAACCUGUACGAUUCCAUCUUCAUCUCUAACCACAGAAAUUGUGCUCAUCCCAGACUUUUCAGUCUCUCACCCAAUUCGAAUCAGACCCCACUACCCAAUGUCAUUCUGGUGUUCCGCAGCUCAGCCCACAACAUCAAGCGCACACUUCGCCAUAGGAACAUCAGAAGGGCUCCACACCUUAGAGGGUACCAGCAACCAUUGGAGCCUAUCUAAGAAGCCAUUCAAGGGUAAUGCGGUUUCAACAAGCAACAGAAGACGCUCGGAGAACAAUCAGAGUAAAACCAGCGUGCAUGCCGUGGAAUGGAUGUCUCCAGACGUGAUUGCGGCGGGACAGAAAAACUCCAAAAUCUUCCUCCACGAUCUGCGCAGUGGUGGCAGUGCCACACGUCUCCAACACAACGAUGCCGUGAUGGCAAUAAAGAAGAUGGAUGAACAUCGGCUCGUGGCAGCGGGACCUAGCUCGCUACGAAUGUAUGACCUCCGCUUCGCGCCGGAGGCGCUCAAACGUCAUGACUCCUCGAAGUCCUAUCUCAAUUUCCAUGACUUCUCCUCACUUCCGUUCCCGACCUUCGACCUGAGCACCGAACUCGGUCUGCUGGCUAGUCCCUCCCAGGACUGCAAAAUCCAGCUCUUCUCUCUUCAGACCGGAUUGCAAGUCUCCUCGCCUCUCACAAGGCAUCAAUAUUCCUCGCCACCUAGCUGUGUGCGAUUUGAGUACGGUAAUGAUACCCCAGAGUGGCGGGGCCCGCAUGGACCGAGUUUGUUGGUUGGCACGGAUGAUGUAGUUGAGCAGUGGACCUGGUAG